AUGAAAUUUCAGGACUGGAGAUCAGAGCAGUCUGUUAGUUCUGAGAACAUAGUUGCUCCACAUAGAGAUGAUGUUUCAGUAUUCAGUUCACUUAAAGAAAGGACUGCCAGGGUUUUUGCAUUGCUAGGAAAUCUUUUGCACUCAGAAACCUCAAAUAGAUCAAUGCUUGAGGAAAGAAAGUCUGCAACAGGAACACUUCAUCCUCAAGGGCCAUUUCUGCAAAAAUGGAACAGGAUAUUUGUGAUAUCAUGUAUAUUUGCAGUUUCAGUGGAUCCAUUGUUCUUGUAUAUCCCAGUUAUCAAUGAUGAAAAACCUUGCUGGUAUUUGGAUAGAAAGUUGGAAAAGGCAGCAAGUGUCCUGCGUUUUUUCACAGAUAUUUUCUACAUACUCCAUAUCAUAUUUCAGUUCCGGACAGGCUUUAUUGCAUCAUCUCCUACAACCUUUGGGCGGGGUGUCUUAAUCGAAGAUAGAUAUGCAAUAACAAAGCGCUACUUAUCAACAUAUUUUUUCAUUGAUGUCUUUGCUAUUCUACCCAUCCCUCAGGUUAUUAUUUUGGUUGUGCUACCUAAUCUUCAAGGCUCGAAGCUUAUGAAAGCCAAAAAUGUGUUAAUGCUUAUAAUUAUAUGCCAAUAUGUUCCUCGUCUAAUACGGAUAAGGCCACUAUACCUCCAAAUCACAAGGUCUGCUGGUGUAAUUACAGAGACAGCACGGGCUGGUGCUGCUUUCAACCUUUUGCUUUACAUGCUUGCCAGCCAUGUCCUUGGAGCUCUUUGGUACUUGCUUUCCAUUCAACGCCAAGAUUCCUGCUGGAGACAGCAAUGUAGAAACAAUUCGAGAUGUGAUCUUGCAUAUUUGUACUGUGGAGAUCAUGAUAACGAGGGGAAUGCUUUCUUAUCUACAACUUGCCUACUAAGUAAUCAGUCAAACCUUCCAGAUCCGUACUUUGGGAUUUAUGCACCAGCUAUAAAAAAUGUAUCACAGUCAAAAAGUUUCUUUGCCAAAUUGUUCUUCUGUGUUUGGUGGGGUCUUCAAAAUCUUAGCUCUCUUGGCCAAAACCUGAAAACAAGCACUUAUGCAUGGGAGAACUUAUUCGCAGUUUUUGUCUCAAUAUCAGGCUUAGUUCUGUUUGCAUUGCUGAUCGGAAAUGUCCAGACCUAUUUGCAGUCAGCCUCUCUGAGAAUAGAAGAAAUGAGAGUGAAAAGCCGUGACACAGAUCAGUGGAUGUCAUAUCGACAUCUUCCUGAGAACCUCAAGGAAAGAAUACGUCGUUAUGAACAGUAUAGAUGGCAAGAAACAAGCGGUGUUGACGAAGAGCAACUCCUUAUGAACCUCCCCAAAGAUCUUAGGAGGGAUAUAAAACGACAUCUUUGUUUAUCGCUUCUCAUGAGGGUUCCAAUGUUUGAAAAUAUGGACGAUCAGCUUUUGGAUGCCAUGUGUGACUGCCUAAAGCCCAUUCUAUACACAGAAGGUAGCUGUGUUAUUCGUGAAGGAGAUCCGGUAAACGAAAUGCUCUUCGUCAUGAGGGGAAAUCUAAUGAGCGUGACGACAAAUGGUGGAAGAACUGGCUUCUUUAACUCUGAUGUUCUGAAAGCUGGAGAUUUCUGUGGCGAAGAGCUCCUCACCUGGGCUCUUGACCCCACAUCAACAUCCAGCCUCCCCAGCUCAACACGGACAGUGAAGACAAUAUCUGAAGUCGAAGCUUUUGCUUUGAGGGCUGAAGACUUAAGGUUUGUAGCAACUCAGUUCCGACGACUCCACAGCAAACAACUCCAGCACACUUUCAGAUUCUACUCGCAGCAAUGGAGAACCUGGGCUGCCUGUUUCAUCCAAGCAGCCUGGCACCGGUACUGCAGAAAGAAGAUUGAAGAUUCUCUGCGUGAGAAGGAGAAGAGAUUGCAAUUCGCGAUUGCCAACGACAACUCCACUUCGCUCAGCUUCAUGGCAGCACUAUAUGCUUCGCGUUUCGCUGGAAACAUGAUACGGAUCCUGAGGAGAAAUGCCACGCGCAAGGCCAGGCUGCAGGAAAGAGUGCCUGCAAGACUGCUGCAGAAACCAGCAGAACCCAACUUUUCCGCAGAAGAGCAGUAA